AUGGCGGCUCUCUGGCUGCAGGAGUUUCAGCAGGGUGACGAGCCCCACCACUCGUUUGAGGAGGCCGAGCGCCAUCAGGCCAACAGUCUGCCGAGACUGCCGCCCAUUCCUCCACUCCUAACACCUCCAGGGCUUGGCGGCGGCAGCGCCAACCUGCUGUUCGACGAACACUUCCCGGUGCUGGCGACCAACCACCAGGAGGGUUAUAGCGAGGAAGAGGCAGCCGGUAACCCCGGCAUCGAGGACCUGCUCUCUCAGCUUCGCCAGAAAGAUAACGAUCUCAUCCUGGCGGCUAAACUCGGCAAAGCCUUACUGGAGAAGAACCAAGAGCUUACCAAUCAGUACGAGAUAAUGCAGAGAGAGCUUACUGACAAACUGGAGCACCUAGAACAGGAAAAACAUGAAUUGCGGAGAAGAUUCGAGAACCGUGAGGGAGAGUGGGAGGGUCGUGUUGCUGAACUGGAGAGUGAUCUGAAGCAACUUCAAGAUGAGCUGGAGAGGCAUCAGGUCCAGUUACGUGAGGCAAACAAAGAGAAAGUAAUAGCUUUGCGGGAAUUAUCUGAACAGAACCAACGGCUCCUAGAGCAGCUCACCAGGACAGCUGAGAUAGAGCAGCAACUCUCAAUGCAAGUUCAUAACCUCCGUGAUGAGUUCCGGGAGAAAAGUAUCUCAACAAAUCAACAUGUAGUGCGCUUAGAGAGUUUACAAGCUGAGAUAAAGAUGCUAACAGAACGAAAACGUGAACUGGAACGACGCAUCAGUGCUGUGAUUGAGGAGAACGAACUGUUGCAGGGCACAAUUGAGGAACUUCAGGAACGAGUGUUGAUGGCUGAGCGACAGAGUCGUGACAAGGAUCUACAGCUACACCAGAACCAACUAGAACUCCGUGAAGUACGCAUGUCUCACCGGCAGCUUCAAAUGAAAGUGGACGAAAUGAAUGAGGAGAUGAGCCUGCGUAGUGUGGGUCCAACAAGCACAUCACUACUGUCUGAAAUUGAGCAGAGCAUGGAAGCAGAAGAACUGGAACAGGAGAGAGAACAGCUAAGAGUAGAACUCUGGGAAGCUUACUGUCAAGUGCGUUCACUUUGCUCACACCUGAGAGGAAACGACAUCACAGACUCUGCACUUUCUACUGACUCCUCCAUGGAUGAAUCUUCUGAUACUUCCUCUGCCAAAGAUAUCCCUACGGGGAGCCUACACACAGCACUGCAUGAGCUCAAACGCCUCAUCCAAAACAUUCUUGAUGGAAAUGAAUCUACGGUGGUGCUACUGAGAGUUGAAAUGAAUACAAUAAAAGAGGAGAGAGACAAGCUGAAGGCAACAGCUGAAGAAAAAGAACAUGGCAGACAGCUUCAGAAAGCUCUCAGUGACCGGGAUGAAGCCAUAGCAAAGAAGAAUUCUUUGGAAAUGGAACUUGCCAAGUGUAAGAUUGACAUGAUGUCACUCAACAGCCAGCUCCUGGAUGCAAUCCAGCAGAAACUCAACCUCUCACAGCAGCUGGAGGCCUGGCAGGAUGACAUGCACACGGUCAUUGACCAGCAGCUAAUGGACAAACAGCAGAAAGAGUGUUGCCUGCCAGCACACUCCCAUAGGAACAGCUGCAGUGUGAGGCACAAAGUCAGCUCCUCGGUGAGACUGGAAUGUAAUCGACAAGAGGUCAUUGGGGCAGAAGGGAAACGUCUCUUCACAUUUUUCAAGAAGAAUUAAUUUCCUUUGUAAUUAUUAAUGGGGCUAAUGUGGAGUUGGGAGGGCUGUAAGAGAUUCUUUGUACAAAGAGUAUUUCAUUGAAUUGGGAAGGAAACUCUUCCUGCCCAAACUCAGGUGAUGCUUCUGUUUGCCUGCAAAGAGGCAACAGGAUGGUACAGUGGAGAAAACUCUAGAUGUUCAGCCCAAGUCCGGUAGUCUUGUCACUGGAGACUUUCUCUGCUGUAAGUUGUGUCCAAGUUCUCUUCGCCAAAGGUUCUUGUAUGUAGAACAUUGCACGAACAUACUGUAUAUAACGGGUUAAAACAAAUCAUACUGAUCUAUUAUUUUCACAAAAAGACAAUUUCACAAGAAACAGGAAUUAAAGGAUGCCCAAUCUGUGAAGGAUUAAGUGUUUGUACAGUAUUACUUGAGAUGGUUGGACUAUUUGCCUUGAAAGAAUUCUGAGAUAGCAAACCAUCUGUAUUAGUCUGAGUAGCAAUCCAGCACCUUGUGAACAGUGCACCUGUGAAGAUUCGUAUGGAAUAUUGCAGCAUGUGCAUGUGUAGCGUGGGCAGUUCACUGUGUGCCUGUAGAAUGCAGUGUCUGUGCAACUCGUGCCUGUUCAAUAUAGUGUAAGAUGGUACACUGUGCAUCAGAACAGUGUUACACUGUCGCUGCGUGCGCGCAUGUGUGUGUGCGUGUGUGUGUGUUUAUUUAAAGUGCUCAAUAAUUCAGUCUCAACAGAACAGCAUUGGGUGCCACUUCGGUAGAUGAAUGCAGUGUGUGAGUACAAAGUGUUAAGACAGUACAGUCGGUGUGUUGGACCAUACCUCUACAGCACAGUGUGGGGUCAUAGCUAAUAUUUGUGUGGAAAUAUAUCACAAAUGCUGGGAACCUGAACAACACAGAAAUGCCAAGAGUACACAGUUUGUCUACCAGUAUCUGAAAAGAAAAAUGAUUGCAGGUUAAUGCUUUUAGUGGAGAUGGUUGGUUAAACCCAAUGGAGGUUCAUCAGCUGAAAAAUGAAGAUGAUUCCACAGCAUUCUCACCUGGGAGCAGUAGUAUCCAGCCACGCAGCUUGCAGAUAUGCAUAUUGUGAUUUUCUUUUUCAGUUCCUUGUUGAAGGAAAAAGUUAUCUGACUGAAAAUCUCUGACUGCUCACAUAUGAUUUCCCAAACAAUAAGCCUUUUCAUCAGCUGAAUGCAACAUCAAUUGUUAACUGUUAUUUUGUCCUUUCAGAUACUGAUUUACAUUUUGUGUAUUUUUAUUUAACUUUGGAUACAGAGCCAUAUCUAGUGUGGUAGGCUGAUUGCCUGGGUGGUAUGAUGUUGUCUGAGAUGGCAGGCUCUGUGCCUGUAUGAUAUAGGAAGGUGCAGUUGAAUGGGACAAGCACAGUGUGAGAUAUGCAUGACAUAUUUAGAUGGCACAAUGUAUGGAUCACUGUAAACCUAUAUAAUGCAGUAUGGUCUAAGGUUGGGAGAGAAGAAUGGUUAAUGUUGUGUAAGAUAGUGCCAUGUGUGAAGUAUGUUUUGGGGCUUUGUGCUUGUGCAAAAUGCCCUAGCCUGUAAAUGGAGGUAGCAUACUGUGUCCCAAUUCAGCAGCUUGGGGUUAUGAAUCAUGUGCCUGAAAAUGAGAUUGUGCUGUGUCUAUAAGGAGUAGUGUGAGAUAAUGUAAAUGUACAGACACUGUAAUAUUGUGGAACUGUGAAAAUGCAAACAGUUGUGUUGAAUGUAGUAUGUACAUAGUGUUAAUACUACAUCUAUUGCUCAUGCAAUAGAUUGUGUGACUAUGCACCAUGUGCCUGUAAAUCACAGUAUGAAUGAAUGAUGCAUUAUUGAUACAGUGUGGAGCUGUGCAUUGUGCCUGUGAAGCUUUGUGCACAAUGGGUACAUAUAGUGUCAGUGCACCAUUUGUCUCCCAUGUAAGUGGUAUAUGGCGUGUCUGUACAAUACAUUAAUGAGUAAUGCACAUGUGCCUGUAUAAUAACAUUAUACCUGUGCUGUAUUCCCUACAAUUGAUGUAGGUCAAAGCACUAAGAACAGUGAUUGCCGGAUCUGUGUUUCAUCCGCCUGCAUAGAAGAGCGCACUCUGUACCUGUGCCAUAUGGUGUACCAUGUGCCUUUCAAGUGUGUGUGUGUGGUGUGAUUAAUGCACCAUGUGCAUGCAUGUGUAGAAAGAUGUCCUCGGCAUGUCUUUUGUGGUGUGGGCUAGUGUAUUAUGUACACGAGGCCUUUUGUAUUUGCUAGAUCACCACGUUUGGUUUUGUGUUCUAAUGUGAGACUAGGGAAUGUAAUCGAAUCCGGAAUGUUGUUCUGUGCACUUGCAGUUUUGGGUGUUAGGUCGGGUACUGUUAUCGCAGCUGCAACAGAAAACGGACGGCAGCUCCACCUGCUGUGCGGCAGAACAUGAGCAAGUGGUCGUUUUCUACAGGAUGUGGCCAUGUCCCGCGUGCUAUAUACGUUGCAGAUACAAUGCAUGUAUGGUGUGGAUGGGAAAGUGCACUGUGAAUGUUGUUCUGGGGUAGUGCAAAAGUGUACCUGUGUAGCGGUUCACCUUUCCCCAGGGAUAUUGUAGAUUAUUUGGCACUGUUGUUGAGCCGUAUUAUCUGGAGGUGUCUUCAGUGGGGAUGGUUUGAGAUACCGCCCAGGGAACCGUGUGUGGCCAUGUCCAAAGUUGGAGCAUGGAUCAGUCCCGCGAAAAAUAACACUGUGUCCGUGCUGGUCGCUGCCUUACUCUGUAGGACGUGGGCCGGCACAUUGGAGUUCCGCGGUGUGCCCGCCGGGCAUUCCGCGCUCGCUUUAUACCGAGACCUGGUUACGGAAUUCUCUGUGCUCUUGGAAAAAUGUUUUGUUGGAUGUGGAAUCGGGCGGCACAGAGCGGGUGGUUGGAAGAGAACAGCUUCUUCUUGGGCUGAGGUAACCAGUUCACCUCUUGGGUUAGUGACUAAAAUUGAAAAGUCUUGUGUUGAGGAAACAGAUGCGAGUAGUUCGGGGUUCUGCUGUUGUAGGUAAAUGGGCGGUUCGGGAGGAACACGGAGAAUGGAACUGUACCUCACCUUCAGCGGCACAACUUGGGAUGGAAGCAAUAAAGUGGAGGGGGGAUUGUCCGUGAAUUGUGAUGGCAAUGACAAUUUUAAUACGGAUGUGGCUGUUUUAAUAUGGAUACUAUUAAAAGCUGCUCAAAACGGUUCCAACUCGAUCAACAGUGACAAUCCAAGCAACCUGUCUAGGCCCGGCAAGGACAGAGACGGGUGCGAGAUCACCCGAGGAUCCAGCACCUCGGUCCCCUGCUUUGGCUCAGUGUGGUUAAGAAUGUCUCAACAAGGCAGCUGAUGCUGCGGUUACCUGCAACUGACCACAUCAACUAUGAUCGUGCAAUAAUAAAUAUUUCGAGAUUCAGUGUCUAUGAAAUUCCAGUUGUACAGGUAUUAUUACCAGAAAGUGUCCUGUCCUUUGUAGCUGUCACCGGCUGUUCCACACCGGCGGUCACACAUUGUAUCCAGCAUCUCACCUCCUCUCUUAUGCUUCACGCUGGAGUCUAGGGCCCUUUUAUAGGAGACCUUCAGCCACCUUCUGUGCAUCUGUUGAAAGGGCGUGAGGUGGGUGGUUUUCAGGAGGAGUGGGGGUGGGUCGUAGCUAGCGUCCAAAAGCCGGACUUCCAUCCAUUCCCUUUAAACUCAGGCGCACAUCCCGGCACUGCUGAAUGGCACUGCUGCUAGUGUUAGUCUGAUCUCUACAUUGUCCAG